AAGACAAGCCGGAAGUGUUAUGAGGGAAUGAGAAGCCGAGUAGCAACAUUAGCUUUAAGGCUAACACAUGACAUGUCGCUUAGAAGCUGAACAGUGCUGCGCGGCGGCGGCGAUGUCGCUGAUCGAGGGCGUGGGGGACGAGGUGACGCUCGUGCUGACGGCGCUGACGGCGGCGGCCGUGCUGCUGCUGGCCUGGACCUCCACCCGCACCUCGGAGCCCCCGCACCCGCUCGCCACCCCCGGGGGCGCCGCCGCUUCUCAGACCGCCUCCCGCGCAGACGCGCCCGCCGCCUCCGCCCCGCCCCUCGUCGACGACAAGGACGGGGGCGGGGGGGCCGCGGGGAGGGAGGAGGAGGAGGCGGGCGGCGACUCUCAGAGGAACAUGGUGAUCAGACUCAAGUUCCUGAACGACACGGAGAGGACGGCGCACGUCAAACCUCAGGACACCGUCGGAUACGUCAAGAGGACGUACUUCGCGGGGCAGGAGCGCCGCGUGCGCCUCAUCUACCAGGGCCAGCUGCUGCAGGACGACGGCGCCACGCUGGAGGCGCUCCGCCUGCCGCACAACUGCGUGCUACACUGCCACAUCUCGCAGCGGGCGGCGGCGGCGGCGGGGGGGGGUCCGGCGGCGGCGGCGGCGGCGGAGCGGGUCCGGGUGGCGCUGAACGUGGGCGGCCUGAUGGUGCCGCUGCUGGCGCUCGUGCUGGCCGUGCUGUGGUACUGCCAGAUCCGGUACCGCCACCUGUUCACGGCGCCCGCCUCCGCCUCGCUGCUCGGCGUCACCGUCUUCCUCAGCCUGCUGGCCUUCGGCGUCUACCGCCGCUAGACGCUUUCUCGGCGGCGGUCUUCAUCUUCUUUGUGCCUCUUUGACUUCGGUGUCUGCCACGAGAUGGCCGCCCGUCUGGAUGUUGAUGAAAGAAAUUCUAUUAAAUCAUUUAUUGAAAA